AGUGUCACUUCCUUUUAAAGCGAAGUUACCUCGAAGCUCAUUUUAUUUAUUUCAACAGAAGAAGAAAAAACACCAGCGGCGUGAACACGCCGGCGUCGCGGAGUUAAUGCUCAGAGAAAAGUAGCGUCCAUGGUCCCAGUUCCCUCCGCGUCGCUGCGACAUGGACGAGCGGGACACCGCGGCGAUCCUUCCCGACGUCGACGACGAGCUCAACGCUCCGUCGACCGACGAUGAAACCACCGGCAACAAAGAGGAGGCCGACGCAACCGUACCGACGAGCCGCUCCGUGCGCCCGCCGCUGAGAUGCUCGCUGCCGGUGUCCGUGGAGCCGGUGCUGUUCCUCUCCAUGUUCUCUCUGGCGCUGCAGGCGCCGCUCUCCACCCAGUAUCUGUGGGACCGCAUCAGCGAGGACCUGGGCUACAACGGCUCCGAGAGGGCGGAGUGCAGCAACGGUUCUGUGCCUCCGGACCCGCUUCAAACGGAGGUGGAAACCUUGACAGCUCACUGGAACCUGUACAUCAGUCUUGGGGGGUUUUCUCUAGGCCUGUUAGUGGUGCCUUUCCUGGGCUCAUGGAGUGACCUUGUGGGUCGCAGACCUGUCCUCAUCAUCCCCAACAUAGGCCUGGCCCUCCAAGCACUGGUUUACAUAUUGGUGAUGUACCUGAAGCUGCCUGUGGUCUACUUUCUAGUGGGCAGGCUGCUUAGUGGUCUUUCAGGGGAUUUCAACGCCAUCCUGGCAGGCUGUUUUGCAUAUGUGGCUGACACCAGCGACAGAAGGUCCCGCACCUUCCGGGUGGCCAUCUUGGAGGCUUGUCUGGGCCUUUCAGGCAUGCUAGCCAGCAUCAUCGGAGGACAGUGGCGGCGGGCGCAAGGGUACAUCAAUCCAUUCUGGCUGGCUCUGGCCACUAACCUGGCAUCGGCUCUGUACGCUUACCUGUUUGUCCAUGAGUCUGUCCGGCCAGACCCGAGUGCCAAGCUCCUCACCUCUCGCCACCAUAAAGCUGCCUGGCACCUCUUCUCAACAGGAGGCACUACCAGUGAGAUGGGGGGAAGACUUCACAGAAGCAAGCUGUGGCUUUACACGCUGUGUUUCUUUGUCGUGGUGACCGUUCACAUGGGCAGCAGGGAGUUGUUUGUGUUGUAUGAGCUGAGCUCACCGCUGUGCUGGGGGCCGGCCCUCAUUGGCUAUGGAUCAGCAGCGCAGCACCUGGCCUACCUGAGCAGUCUGCUGGGGCUGAAGAUCAUGCAGCGCUGCCUGGAGGACUCCUGGGUGGCUGUCGUUGGUCUGGCCUCAAAUAUCAUCGGGCUGGUGGUCGUCUCUAUAGCCGACACCACCCAGCUCAUGUUCACAGGUUAUGGGCUGUGUUUCCUCUCCAUGGCCGCGACCCCUGUGCUCAGGUCAAAGCUGUCUAAGUUGGUGGGCCCAUCAGAACAAGGUGUCCUGUUUGCCUGUGUUGCCUGUGUGGAGAGCUUGUGUUUUCUGGUGGGCAGUGGCGUCUUCAACUCCCUCUACCCAGCCACACUGCACUACAUGAAGGGCUUCCCUUUCCUUUUUGCUGCCAUCAUCCUCCUCAUCCCUGCUGGAAUAAUUGGGUUAUUGCAAUGCUUAGACCGGAGGAGAGACCACCGAGACGCCACGGCAUCCUGACCUGAAAAGAAGAAGCUGUCAGAGAGUUAAAGUUCAUCCUGGUGUCGGUCUCAGAGGUGAGCAGCUCGACACAGAGACAUCCGUCUGUGGUGAGACUUUUGAUAUUAACAAAGCUCAGCGAUGUGACUCUUCCUAGUCACACCAAAGUGAUCAAGAACAGAUGAGGAAGAAUCAAGCUCCUGACUGACGUGACUGUAAAACCUUAAUGAUUAGAUAAGGGAGACUGGACUUUGUCUAAUCUUUGCUCGUUCUAAAAACAAGCCAUAGUGUUUCAUCAUGAUAUUCAUACAAAUGUGGUAAUGAACAAGGUUCACUAUAUACUUUCAUUUUGUGAUUUCAUACAUUUUAAUACAGCAUAGUAGUAACCAAAGAGUGUGCCUUGCAUUAACAUUUUGAAUGUAUGAAUUUCUAUAGCUGAAAUAACACACUGCAGGUUACAGUCCUAACUCUAAGAGGAAACUCCUCAGUUUUUUUUAAAGUUUGGGUGUUCAAAAAGGGAGGUUUGAACUACUUUAUGUGCUAUAAAGUAGUUCAAAAGAGCCACCGUUGCCAGCAGCAGCAGCAAAAAUAACUAAUUAUAAUCCAAUAAUGAAAUUGAAGUACUUUUUUUUAUUUUUGGUAUUUUAAAUGUAUUUGUAUUUUUACUCUAACAUUUUUAAUGCAUUCUUUUUAUUGUAGCGGUACUUUUUACAUGUGGUACUGCUUAUUUGAGUAAAAGAUCAGAGUACCUUUUCCACGACUGUCUGUUCGCAGAGGUAUCCUAAAUCUAUUAUAUUAUGGGAUGUUCUCUCUAGAACCCUCGAACAGGGAAGUUAGUACCUGAGAUUCACGUUAUGUCACGGCAUAGAAGAGGGAGAGAAAGUGAAUAAUGACUUCCACCUCGACCCUCCUCCCUCCACCACAAACAACACUGGAUAUUCCCAGAGCUCAGGCCCUCAGCAACAUGCACACAGGUCAGGUCCAAGAUGCACAAUGAGGGAACACAAGCUGCCAAAUCAGCUUUAAAAUGCACAAAGGGAAGUUUAGAGGUUAAAUGAAGUAUUAACUCUGCGACUGGGAAUUGAUCAGCAUGACGAUUAUUGUCUCAGCCAUUCUUCAGACACCGUGUGUCAAAACUGACUCACAAAACGGUCUAUUCGUUAUCAGUUGUGUGCAAUAUGUAUAAAUUGCAAUAUGUAUAAAUUGCAAUCAUUUACUUUAUUGGGAUAGAACUGGAUCAUUGUGGAUAGUUUGUGAUAAAGAUGAUGGUUCAAUUUCUUUCAUUUUGCAUAUCACAUGUGAUUAAGUGAAGUUCAUAUACAAGAUUUUUCCAGCACCUUUUUUAUUUUCCACCGUGUUAAAAAUAAAAGGAUAACAUUUGUUUUACACUG